UGGUCGGUUCAGCCCCAGCUGUUGGCUUUACUUCCUGGAUCACAAUGGCUAGGCAUUGUACGGUCAAAAUAUUCGUUUUAUUGAGCUUAUUUAAUUUAUCUUUUCUAGUCAGCACUAAUAAUAUCGAGGACAAAGCAGGUCAGUUCUUCAAUAGUGGACAUACUAACAACUGGGCAGUAUUGGUGUGCACUUCUAGAUUCUGGUUCAACUACCGUCAUGUGGCCAACACCCUCUCAGUCUACCGCAGCGUCAAGAGGCUGGGGAUCCCGGACAGCCGCAUAGUUCUGAUGCUGGCAGACGAUAUGGCUUGUAACCAUAGAAACCCAAAGCCUGCCACAGUCUUCAGCCACAAGAACAUGGAGCUGAACGUUUACGGCGACGAUGUGGAGGUGGACUACCGCGGCUAUGAGGUGACGGUGGAGAACUUCCUGCGUGUCCUGACUGGCCGGCUCCCCGCCAGCACGCCUCGCUCCAAGCGGCUUCUCUCGGACGACCGCAGCAACAUCCUCAUCUACCUGACCGGUCAUGGCGGGAACGGCUUUCUGAAGUUCCAGGACUCCGAGGAGAUCAGUAACGUAGAGCUGGCCGACGCCUUCGAGCAGAUGUGGCAGAAGAGAAGGUACAACGAGCUGCUGUUCAUCAUCGACACGUGCCAGGGCGCCUCGAUGUACGAGCGCUUCUACUCCCCUAACCUGAUGGCUCUGGCCAGCAGCCAGGUCGGAGAGGACUCUCUGUCUCACCAACCCGACCUGGCCAUCGGCGUUCACCUGAUGGACCGCUACACCUUCUACCUGCUGGAGUUCCUGGAGGACAUCCACCCCUCCAGCACCACCAACAUGAACCAGCUGUUCAAGGUGUGCCCCAAGAGUCAGUGUGUGUCCACCCCGGGCCACCGUACCGACCUUUUCCUGAGGGACCCAGGACGUGUCCUCAUCACGGACUUCUUCGGAAGCGUCCGCAAAGUGGAGAUCACCAUGGAAACCAUCAACCUGUCAAGCCCCAUGGAGCCUUUGCCAGAGAGGAUACUGUCUGAGGACCGGCAGAGAGAAACGCAGUACUAUGUGGACCAAUUGCCGGUGUCUGUGAUCAUCCAUCAG